AUGUCUGCAACGGCUCGAAGUUUUAUGGUCCUAAAAUUAAAUUAUCCACCGGAUAUAAAGUUUUGUCACGUUAGGAAGAUAUUGACAUUUGCGUCCUAUAGUACUGCAAGUCGAAGAAAUAAAAUAUUCAAUAAUAUAAAUGAUGCUGUAAAGGAUAUUGAAGAUGGAUCAAAACUUUUGGUUGGUGGAUUUGGACUUUGUGGAAUUCCAGAAAAUCUUAUUCAAGCUAUUAAUAAAAGGAAUGUAAAGAAUUUAACUGUUGUUUCUAAUAAUGCAGGUGUUGAAGAUUUUGGACUAGGUAUAUUGUUGAAAAAUAGACAAAUUAAGCGAAUGAUUGCAUCAUAUGUUGGAGAAAAUGCUGAAUUUGAAAGACAGUUUUUGAGUGGAGAAUUAGAGGUGGAACUUACUCCUCAAGGGACAUUAGCUGAAAGAAUUCGUGCUGGUGGAGCUGGUAUACCAGCAUUUUUUACACCUACAGGCUAUGGUACACUAAUACAUGAAGGUGGUUCACCCAUUAAGUACACUAAGGAUGGAAAAAUUGAUAUUUCUAGUUCCCCUCGAUUGGAACAACAAUUUAAUGGUAAAGACUUCAUUAUGGAGGAGGCAAUAACUGGAGAUUUUGCUUUAGUGAAAGCCUGGAAAGCAGACAAAUAUGGGAAUCUAAUAUUUAGAAAAAGUGCCCGUAACUUCAAUCCAGCAAUGUGUAGAGCGGCUAAAGUUACAAUUGCUGAAGUAGAAGAAAUUGUUGAUGAUAUUAAUCCUGAUUUUGUGCAUAUACCAUCUAUUUAUGUGCAUAGAGUAAUCAAAGGUAAUAAAUAUGAGAAACGUAUUGAAAGAAGAACAGUUACUAAACAAAUUGUACACAAAGAGAAGAAAUCAUCGGACAUAAUGAGGGAAAAAAUAAUAAGAAGAGCUGCUUUAGAGUUUAAAGAUGGAAUGCAUGCUAAUCUUGGAAUUGGAAUGCCUAUGCUUGCCAGCAAUUAUAUUCCAAAAAAUGUUAAAGUUUUUUUGCAAUCAGAAAAUGGUAUUCUUGGCCUUGGUCCCUUCCCCAAAGAAGAAGAAGUUGAUGCUGAUCUUAUUAAUGCUGGCAAAGAAACUGUUACAGUCCUUCCUGGUGCGUCAUUCUUUUCAUCAGACGACAGUUUCGCAAUGAUACGCGGGGGGCAUAUUGAUCUUACUAUACUUGGUGCAAUGCAAGUAUCACAAUAUGGUGACUUGGCGAAUUGGAUGAUUCCUGGAAAAAUGGUGAAGGGAAUGGGUGGUGCAAUGGACUUAGUUUCAGCACCAAGGACGAAGGUAGUGGUUACUAUGGAGCACACCGCUAAAAAUGGAGCUCACAAAAUCCUCCCGGAAUGUUCGUUGCCUCUGACGGGCAAAAACUGUGUAGACAUGAUUAUUACGGAAAAGUGCGUUUUUGAAGUUGACAAAGAGAAAGGACUUAUUCUUACCGAACUAGCGGAUGGUGUAACAGUGGAGGACGUUUUAGUAAGCACGGGAUGCGAAUUUACAGUUGCUGCUAAACUAAAGAGGAUGGGCGACGUUACAACACUCGACGAGAUGAAAAAAUGA